AUGGUCUAUCCACCCAUCGAACGAGGUGCUUCACUCCUUGUAGCACUUUCUUUAGCAUCUAAAACAACGCUCGUCGUUGGCGGAGGUGCUUUGGCAGCAACGCGCGCCACUGCGGCCCUGCAAGCAGACUCGACCGUCCUCAUCCUCGUCGAAAACGAUGCAGAGAUCACAUCAGAGGAGAUUAUUGUCAGAAGAGACAGAAAGGAACUAGAGAUUGUGCAUUUCAACAAUCUAGAAGGGUUUGAGCACAUCCUCCAAACGCUCACUCAACCAGUGGCGACGGCGUUUAUCACCGAUACUCUGAUCGGAACACCUCGUCGUCGUACAUAUCUAUCUGCUGCGACACUUCGACAAUCACUAUCACGACGAAACAUUCUCGUCAACGUCGCAGACAUGCCCACUCUCUGCGAUUUUACCCUCCCAACAUGCCACCGAUUCCCUCUUUCAUCAUCUAGUUCAUCAAAACACCUUGGCUCGUUACAAGUGGCCGUCACGACAAACGGAAAGGGUUGCAGACUCGCCUCGCGGAUACGACGCGAAGUAGUCAGCAAGUUGCCGUCCAAUAUUGGAGACGCUGUAGAAAAUGUAGCCAAGCUUCGUGCGCGUGUCAAGUCUUUGGAAGAGAUUGACAAGGCAGACGAGCUCGACGGCAACGAAGAUUCGCAGCCUACGACACCCAACGAGGCCGUGGACCAAGGUGUAAAACCAGGAGAAACGAGUCAAGAACGCCAAUUGCGCAGAAUGAGAUGGGUUGCGCAAGUGAGUGAAUAUUGGCCGUUGGAACAAUUGGCUACGAUGGAGCCAGAAAAGAUGGAUGACCUCUUCAAGAGCGAAGGCCCGAUAGAGAACAACAACUUGACCCAUCACCAACUCGCCAUCUCCCCAUCUUCACAGCGUGGAAAGAUCUAUCUCCUUGGAUCCGGACCAGGCCACCCAGGUCUCCUCACCGUGGCUGCACACGAGAUUCUCACUCGAAAGGCCACGCUCGUCCUAUCCGAUAAACUCGUCCCAGCAGAAGUCCUCGCGCUCAUCCCAUCGUCGACUCCAGUAAAGAUUGCCAAAAAGUUUCCAGGCAAUGCCGACGGUGCCCAAAAUGAGUUAAUGGUCGAGGCCGUCGAGGCCGCCAGCAGAGGCGAGCUUGUCGUCCGCCUCAAGCAAGGCGAUCCAAUGGUCUAUGGCCGCGCAGGUGAAGAGGUUCUCUAUUUCCGCAAACAUGGCUUUGAAUCGAUUCUCGUACCGGGGAUCACAUCUGCGAUUGCUGGUCCCGCACUUGCCAAUAUUCCCGUCACGCAGCGCGGGUCGCCGAGACGACAAGGCAAACCAACAGCACUCCCAGGAUACAUCCGCAGCCGAACAUUGGUGCUCUUAAUGGGCGUCGCGAGAUUGGAUAGUGUCGUCGAGACACUGAUUUCGCCGACGAAUACAAGUGGACUACGAGAAGGUGCGGCGUACCCGUCAAACCUGCCCAUUGCUAUUAUCGAGCGGUCGUCGAUGCCGGAUCAACGUGUGAUUUCAGCAACAUUAUCGACGAUUUCGAGUGCAAUGGCGCAAGUGGGCGAGCAACGGCCUCCGGGGAUGAUGGUCAUUGGCUGGUCUGUGCUUGCGCUCGAGGGAGAGGGCGAUGUCGACGUGUUGGAGGAUGCCAAAGCAAGCCUACACGACGAGGAGGGUCUGCGGAAGAAGGAUGACGAGCGGGUACAGCGCUGGCUUGGCGAGGCUGGAUGGUGUAUUCGUGAACGGACUGGAGAGUGGGGAUUCUGA